GGGGUUGUAUCUGGAGAAAGGGGGCAAGCCAUGGGGCUUAAGAGGGAGCUGCCCCCUCAGCUGCGGCAUUCCCCUCUGCUUGUAUGUCGGUAGCGUCGAGGCGAACCGUGUCUGUACGCCCAACAUGAGGACCUCCUCUCGUUUUGUCGGCGCCCUCGCGGCGGCCGCGUCGUUCCUUCCGUCUGCCCUUGGCCAGAACAAUGAGCCAGUGACCUUCACUGAUGCCGAAUCUGGCAUCGUCUUCAACUCGUGGACCGUUCCCGGGGACACGGGACAGACUCAGGGAGGCUUCACCUUUGGCAUGGCCCUGCCUUCUGAUGCCCUCACCACCGAUGCCAACGAGUUCAUUGGUUACCUGAAAUGUGCCGCGGCGGAUAACAAGGGCUGGUGCGGUGUCUCUCUGGCAGGCCCCAUGACCAACGGGCUCCUCAUCACCGCCUGGCCGAACGCAGACACCGUUUACACCUCUUUGCGUUUCGCAGGCGGCUACUCCAUGCCGGACCUUUACGCAGGGGACGCCAAGAUCACCCAGAUCCGGUCCAGCAUCGACUCGGAGCACUUCACCCUGGUCUUCAGAUGCCAGAAUUGCCUCCACUGGAACCAGGGCGGCAGCGAGGGCGGCAUUUCCACCUCCAGCGGCUUCGCCGUCCUCGGCUGGGUCCAGGCGUUCCCGUCUCCCGGCAACCCGACCUGCCCUGAUCAGAUCAGCCUGGAGCAGCACGACAACGGCAUGGGUAUCUGGGGUGCUGUUCUCGAUUCCAACGCCGCCAACCCGUCCUACUCGGCUUGGGCCGCCAAGGCCACCAAGACCGUUACCGGCACCUGCGGCGGCCCGACGCAGUCUUCGGUCGUUGGCCAGCCGGUGCCGACGGGCGCCACGUUCGACUACAUUGUUGUCGGCGGCGGAGCCGGUGGCAUUCCUAUCGCCGACAGGUUGAGCGAGGCCGGCAAGAAGGUCCUGCUCAUUGAGAAGGGCUUUGCCUCGACCGCCGAGCACGGCGGCGAUCUCGGCCCCGACUGGCUGGACGGCAACAAGCUUACCCGCUUUGAUGUCCCCGGCCUCUGCAACCAAAUUUGGGUCGACUCGAAGGGCAUUGCUUGCGAUGACACCGACCAGAUGGCUGGCUGCGUUCUCGGCGGCGGCACGGCUGUGAAUGCCGGUCUCUGGUUCAAGCCCUACUCGCUCGACUGGGACUACCUGUUCCCCACCGGCUGGAAGUCCAGAGACAUCUCAGCCGCCAUCAACAAAGUGUUCUCGCGCAUCCCGGGCACUGACACCCCCUCGACCGACGGAAAGCGCUACCUCCAGCAGGGCUUCGACGUCCUAGCGAAUGGGCUGGGUCAGGGCGGUUGGAGCAAAGUCACGGCCAACUCGUCCCCGGACCGCAAGAAUCGCACCUACUCCAACGCCCCCUUCAUGUUCUCAGGCGGCCAGCGUGGUGGUCCCCUGGCGACCUACCUUACGAGUGCUAAGAAGCGCAGCAACUUCAACCUCUGGCUCAACACGAGCGUGAGGCGUGUGAUUCGUGAAGGCGGCCACAUCACGGGUGUGGAGGUCCAGCCAUUCCGGACUGGUGGCUACCAGGGCAUCGUGAACGUUACCAACAUCUCUGGCCGCGUGAUUCUGUCUGCCGGCACCUUUGGUAGCGCCAAGAUCCUGCUGAGAAGCGGUAUUGGGCCGGAGGAUCAACUCCAGGUUGUGAAGAGCUCGACGAUUGACGGGCCGACCAUGAUCAACAGCACGUCGUGGAUCCCCCUGCCAGUUGGAUACAACCUGGAUGACCAUCUCAACACUGACACCGUCAUCUCCCACCCCAACGUCGUCUUCUAUGACUUCUAUCAAGCCUGGAACACCCCGAUCGAGGCCGACAAGAACCUGUACCUUAGCAAGCGCAGCGGCAUUCUAGCCCAGGCUGCCCCCAACAUCGGGCCGAUGUUCUGGGAGGAAAUCAAGGGCGCCGACGGCAAGGUCCGCCAGAUCCAGUGGACGGCCCGUGUGGAGGGUUCGCUUGGGACACCCAACGGCAAGGCUAUGACGAUGUCCCAAUACCUGGGCCGCGGCGCCACCUCGCGCGGCCGCAUGACCAUCACGCCCUCGCUGUCGACUGUCGUCUCGGAUGUGCCCUACCUUAAGGACCCCAACGACAAGGAGGCCGUCAUCCAGGGCAUCAUCAACCUGCAAAACGCCCUCAAGAACGUCGCCAACCUGACGUGGAACUUCCCCGACCCGAGCACCUCGCCGCGCGACUACGUUAAUAACAUGGUAGUCUCCCCCGGCAACCGCCGCUCCAACCACUGGAUGGGCACCGCCAAGCUCGGCACCGACGACGGCCGGCAAAACGGCGGUUCAGCCGUCGUCGACCUCAACACUAAGGUGUGGGGUACGGACAACUUAUUUGUGGUGGACGCGUCCAUCUUCCCUGGUGUCCCUACCACCAACCCGUCGUCCUACAUCGUCACGGCCGCCGAGCACGCAUCGCAAAAGAUCCUGGCCCUGGCCGCUCCCAAGCCCAUUCCGAAGUACGGCCAGUGCGGUGGCAGGCAGUGGACGGGAAGCUUCACUUGCGUCGCGGGGACCAAGUGCACGGUUAAGGACCAGUGGUACUCGCAAUGCCUGUGAGGAUCGGGCUGAAGUGGACGAGACGGGAUGGUGUUCUGAGGUUUUGUGGGGGGGAUGCCUGAUGCAUAGGCUUCUUUCUAUUCAUGUCCAUAUUUCUUGAUCGUACAUAGCUUCAAUGUUGCCAAGUUUCACUCAAGCGAGGAGCCAUUCAAGAAAGAUUUGU